AUGUCCUGGGCACAGGGUACGCAUGAUUCAUGGCCUCAGGAGCCUAUUUUCUCUCAAAAGUAUCCCAAGAAUGUCGAGUUUAUCGACAAUCUUAAGCUUGACAAGAAGCUUCAACCGAAAGAAUACCAUAUAGAAGGGACCCAUCAACAAUCCAGGAUACUGUUUACCGAUGUGAGGAUUCUUGACUCUACCGGGCGCGAACCGUUUGCAGGAGACGUUUUAAUCGAAGGAGAGAAAAUCGUCGCCGUUGGCGAAGUAGCAAACAAAGAUGACCUGGAGAGAGAUCCGUCAGUUCGCGUUUUCCACGGCCGGGGGAGAACCCUCAUGUCCGGCCUUGGAGAUGGACAUACCCAUUUCACAUGGAACGGAGGCGAUCUCAACCGGCUGGGUGAACUUGAUGUUGAGGAGCACGUACUCUUGACAAUUAAGAGUGCCCAAUGCUUCCUCGAUUCGGGAUAUACCAUGUGCUUUGGGGCAGCUGCAGCCAAAGAUCGUCUUGAUGUGGUGGCUCGAGACGCCAUCAACGCUGGCGAUAUUCCUGGUCCGAGAUAUUUAGCUAAUGCUCGAGAGAUUGCGAAGCCAGAGGGGGAGCUAGUAGCAGGAAUUACUCGAUUUGCCGAAGGCCCGGAUGAGAUGCGCGAAGUGAUCAAACACAAUGUUCUAAAUAUCGGCGUGGACAACGUCAAAAUAAGUAUUUCAGGGGAGGAAAUAACAGAGAUUCGCUCGGCACAGGACUGCUAUUUUUCAGACGAAGAUAUGAUUGCUUGUGUGGAUGAGGCUCACAAGUACGGUAAGAGAGUCUGUGCACAUGCAAGAGCGCGAGACUCGGUUAAGAUGUGCGUGAAGCAUGGGGUGGAUGUUAUUUACCAUGGCUCCUAUAUCGAUGACGAAGGCAUGGACAUGCUUGAACGAGAGAAACACAAGUACAUUGUCGUACCAGCUAUCAAUUGGCUUUAUGCCACGACUUAUGAGGCUGAGGCUUUUGGCUACACCUACGAUACAGCUGAGAAGGCUGGAUAUAAACGAGAACUCGAUGUUGCUGUUGCAGGAUUGCGGGAGAUGCAUCGACGUGGUAUUGUUGUGUUGCCUGGAGGGGAUUACGGUUUUGCGUGGACGCCUCACGGGACAUAUGCGCGCGAUCUUGAACACUUUGUGAAGUUGCUUGGCUUUUCACCUCACGAGAGCAUCAUCGCCGCCACUGCCGGUGUUGCUGCCCUCUUGAUGCGAGGCCAUGAGCUCGGCAAGAUUCGACCGGGCUACUACGCAGAUUGUAUUCUCGUCGAUGGGGAUCCUCUAAAAGACAUCUCAAUAUUGCAGGAUCACGACCGAUUGAAUGUCAUCCUAAUGAAUGGGCGAGUACAUAAGGCUGGGCGCAAGGAAUAUAUAAGUGAUAUGUCUGGGUCUCUGUCGACGGGGAUUCCGAAACAUCUCACGGAAGAAUUUCCAGAGAAGAAGCCCGCUAUGCAAAAAUCUUAUUAA